GUCGCGGCGCGGCGUCUUACGCGAUGUAAACUUGCGGACGUGCAAUUGAAGCGCUGACCGGAAGAGUUUGCCGGUUUUCUUUGUUUCUGUUUUAUUUUUGUAAUUCUCCGGUACGAGUCCCGUUCAAAGUGCGCGAUGCCUGUGAACGAAGGAGGAGGAGGAGGAGGAGGAGGAGUUGGGCUGUUGUCCGGUCUGAGCAGAUACGCAACUCGGUAUCUUAACAACCCGGUGAUGGAGGAGACCGUGUGGGAGCAGUACACAGUGACCCUGCACCGGGAUCCCAAGAUGGGUUUUGGCAUCGCGGUCUCAGGGGGACGGGACAACCCAAAUGAGGAGAGCGGCGAGACAUCCAUCAUGGUUUCUGAUGUUUUACAAGGAGGGCCUGCUGAUGGACUGUUGUUUGAAAACGACCGGGUUAUUCAGGUGAAUGCCAUUCCCAUGGAGGGAGUAGUCCACUCCUUUGCUGUCCAAACCCUCAGGAAGUGUGGCAAAGUAGCAAAAAUAACGGUCAAGAGACCCAGGAAAGUUCCAGUCAACCUGUCAAACCGUCCACCAUCGCCUGAUGACCGUGUCUUCAACAACGACUUCAACGAUAAUUACAACUACGACCAGGACCGGCGCAGUGUGUACAGUGGUCGAAGUGGAGGUGGGCGGGACAACAGUUUGGAGAGGGAGCGAGGCGGAGGGUACGUGGAUUCCGGAUACCAAACACGGGAGCGGGAUUAUGAAAGGGAUUAUGACCGUGGUGAACGAGGCAGGAGUAUGGAGAGGGACCUCAGCCCAGACUGGCAGUACAGGAGAGACGGCAGCAAAGGUCGGACUUUGGACAGAGAGCACAGUCCGGAUCGGCGCUACAGGAGUGACCACAUGCUAGAUCGUGACUACAGCCCUGACAGGAGGUACCGAAGUGAACGUGCAUUGGACCGGGACCACAGUCCUGACAGGCGCUACCGAAGCGAGCGAGCCCUAGACAGGGAGCACAGCCCGGACCGGCGCUACCGCAGCGAACGGGCUCUGGACCGCAACAAUAGCCCUGACAUGCGCUACAGAGGUGGCAGCCAUAGCCCAGGUCGUGGUUAUGGUCAUGACCAUGGCUUUGACAGAAACCGCGAACGUAUCCCGAGCGACAGGGACCACAGGCGGUAUGAAGAACCACUGAAACGGAGUGGAAGCAGGGACCGUCUGGACCGCUCGCCUUCCCCUGCCGCCAUGCCCAUCCCUCUUCCCCGCCCUCCCCGAGACCUGGAACCGCUGGAGAAGCCGCUGAGCGUGCUGUUGCUGAAGAACCGGCCCAAUGAAGAGUACGGCCUUCGUCUGGGCAGUCAGCUCUUCAUCAAGGAGAUGACCAGCACAGGUCUUGCAAGCAAAGAUGGAAACCUCCAGGAAGGAGACAUCAUUCUGAAGAUCAAUGGUACAGUGACAGAAAACCUGUCUCUGAGCGAUGCUGGAAAGUUGAUUGAGAAGUCCCGAGGGAAGUUGCAGCUGGUGGUGCAGAGAGACAAGAGGCAGGUGCUGAUCCGAAUCCCUCCAAUGGCUGACAGCGACUCGGAGCUCGAUGACAUCUCUGAAAUCGAGUCAUACCGCUCGUACUCGCCGCAGGAUGACAGGCGGGCCCAUCACUCAGACCUGUCCUCCCACUCCUCCAAUGAGAGGCUACGGGAGAAGCCCAGGGAGGACCCGUCCAACAGGUUGGCUAAAAUGGGUGCCUUGGUGACACCUUUCAGAGGUGCAGACAGAGCUGCACAGGAAACGCCUCCUUCGCCAGCAGAAAAGGAGGAACCACGACCAGGAACUCCUCCAGCACCAGCAGCAGCUGUGGCCCCCAAGGUUCACGCCCCUCCAAAGGUGCCACUAAAGCCCAGCAUCGAGGACCAGGAAAUAUUUGGACCCAACACGGGGAUGGUGCGUUUCCAGAAGGGGGACAGUGUUGGUCUGAGACUGGCAGGAGGAAAUGAUGUGGGCAUCUUCAUCGCUGGUGUACAGGAGGACAGUGCAGCUGAACAGGAGGGCCUCCGCGUAGGGGAUCAGAUCAUGAAGGUGAACAACAUGGACUUCAGGGGCAUGGUACGGGAGGAUGCUGUAUUGUACCUCCUUGAGAUUCCCAAAGGAGAGGACGUCACCAUUCUUGCUCAGAGCAAACCUGAAGUUUACAAGGACAUUUUAGCCUCUGGGCGAGGAGACUCUUUCUUCAUCAGGACCCAUUUUGAGUAUGAGAAGGAGGCCCCUCAGAGCCUUCCUUUCUCCAGAGGACAGAUCUUCAAGGUGACAGACACCCUUUAUGAUGGGAAGCUAGGGAACUGGCUGGCAAUACGCACUGACCAAGACAACCAGCUGCUGGAGAAGGGAAUCAUACCCAACAAGAGCAGGGCAGAGCAAAUGGCCAAUGUCCAGAAUGCUCAGCGAGCCGCAUCAGGCAAUGACAGAGGAGACUUCUGGAGGCUACGUGGUCAAAGGGCGGCAAAGAAGAAAGAUCUCCGCAAGAGCCGCGAGGACCUGACUGCCACGCCAGUGACCACACGGUUCCCGGCCUACGAGAGGGUGGUCUUACGAGAAGCUGGUUUCCGGAGACCCGUGGUUAUAUUUGGACCCAUUGCCGACGCAGUCAAUGAAAAACUGGCGAGCAGUCUGCCAAAUGAGUUCAUCAUUGCCAAAACUGAGCCCAAGGAUGCAGGAAGUGAGAAAUCCUCGGGCGUGGUGAGACUUAACACAAUUCGACAAAUCAUUGAGCAGGACCUCCAUGCUCUGCUGGAUGUGACUCCCAAGGCGGUGGACACCCUGAACUAUACCCAGUGGUAUCCCAUUGUGGUCUUCCUGAACCCAGACAGUAAACAAGGCAUCAAGACCAUGAGGAGCCGCCUGACUCCAGGAUCCAGUCGCAGUGCACGGAAACUCUACGAACAGGCUGUCAAGCUGAGGAAGACCUGCUCGCACCUUUUCACCGCGACCAUUGACCUGAACUCAGCCAAUGAUGCGUGGUUCGGCAGUGUGAAGGAAAAAAUUCGAGAACAGCAAGAAAGAGCUGUGUGGGUGUGUGAGGGCAAGCUGGACGGUUCAGAGGAGGACUUGGACCUGCAUGAUGACCGUAUGUCCUAUCUGUCAGCGAUGAGUGCUGAUUACCUGAGCAUGGACAGCCGGCUGACCAGUGACUAUGAGGACACGGCAGACGAGGGCGGGGGCUACACGGAUAACGAGCUGGAUGAGCCAUUGGACGAGCCCCAGCCGGUGUCGGCCAUCAGUCGGUCUUCAGAGCCUGUGCUGCCAGAAGAGAGACCCCAACCUGAACCGCGGUCUCGUUUGGCAAGGGCGGGGAGCAGAGAGGUGCUGACCAGAGACCCUAGUCCUCCCCCUUCCUUCGUCCCUGAACCCCCAAAGGUGCGGGCUCAGACUUCUAGUGACUCACACCGGGGAUAUGACUCACACUCCAGCAGCACCAUUAGCAGUGAUGCAGCUGGCGGGGCAAAGCCACCUCCACCUCCUGUGGCCAACAAGCCCACCUUCAUCCCCCACGCCAGCCAGUCAUCAGAGGACCGGGGCCAGGGGGAGGAGGCAGGGGACCCGGCUAACCGAUCCUUCCUGGGCAAGGUGAAGGCCUUUGAGAAGAUGGACCACCUGGCCAGAGCACAGAGGAUGCUGGAGCUUCAGGAGGCCGAACAUGCACGGUUGGAAAUUGCCCAGAAACACCCUGAUAUCUACGCUGUCCCUGUGAAACUGCCAAAGCCUAAUCUCAACCGUCCUCAACCAAUAGGUUCCAGCUCCAAUCCCGAGCCCCAGACCCCAUCCAGACCACCUUACGCAGAGACCAGGGCCCACUGUCACGGUGAAGACAAUGAAGAGGAGUACCGCCGGCAGCUGGCCGACCAAACCAAGCGAGGCUACUACAACCCACAGAAAUACAAGGACACUGAGCUGUAGGCCCAGCAGGCAGUCACAAGGCCAGGGUGGGUUGUCACUGUGCUUAACCAGCCCAGGAAGUGUUGCCGUCGCUGCACCCACACGCCUCUAACAGGACAUCCUGUGUUUAUCCCCGUUUCCUGCACACAGCCACUGGAUGCCGAUGUUACUGUUCACCUCGGUGAGAGCUCCUCUCAUCAUGAACAAUGUUAGCGUGCCGGCACCUCGAUGUUGUUUAUUGUCCGUAGGUAGUUACUCGCUUCUGAAACGCUUGGCGUUUCUAUCUUCGUCAGUGUGUCUAGUUUGUAAUUGCACACAUUUGUGAUCCUCCUUCAAGAUAUUUUGUUUUUAAAAUGGAAAGAGCUAAGAGUGUACAUCCAUGAAAGGUGCAAGUCCUCAGUCUGUGAAAGCCUCUAAAAAUAAAGUAGACAUGUUGGACUACGGCGUGUCAACAUGGUAGAGCUACACCCUGGUGAGGGCGAAGGGUCCGAGCUGGCUGGUGAAAUAGUCCAACAGAAGUUGGGGAAAAAACUCCCACGAGACAAGCGUGUGGUCUUCUACUUUAUUUUGUGCACUGUGACAAACUACACAGACUGCUGAGAAGUACACACCCUUAUACAAAGAGUAUUUUCAUUACUUCACCUCUGUAUUAACUGAGUUCUUUCACACAUGUGGUAUUUCAGUGUACAUAUUCUUUAUACGUGUGUCUGGAGAGGUUUUUGUUACAUUAGCAUACAAACUUACACCAAAUCCUCCCUGCCGGUCUUCUGAGAGCAGGCCAGUAAACCAACAUAAGUGAUGCAGCUAACCAGCAUACCUGCACUGCACCUGCAUGUGCACAAAGUCUCAACACAACACGCGAUUAAGGCAGCACUAUGGCUGCACUAUGGUGCGUGGAUGCACUGGGGGAAAGGUCAGAAAAGAGUUAUUCCUUGUUUCCAGCUGCUUUGUCGUCAGGUAGAUUUUAUUUUUGGGGGCUUUUCCUUCCUUUUGUAAUGACUUUUCAUGUUUAAAGUCCCUCGUUUUGGACAUUCCUAAUCCGCUCGUGUCUGAAUAUGUGUGUGUGUGUGUGUGUGUGGGAGGGGGAAGAGCAGUGCAUUUCUGAAGUGCCUUUCAGCUCUGAUGCUCGGCCCACAGAGGAGACGCGGCUGGCUCCCGAGGAGGCGAGGGGGGUCAGCCAAUUUAACAGCGUGCAGAACAUAUUGGGAACAACUGUUGGCUCCAUGAAAUGGACGGGUGAACGUUAGGGAACGAAAUGUCAGUCCGGAGGCAGGGAAUGCUGCCGCUUGUUCCUUCCUCCGUCUGUUAUUCUAGAGAGACCCCUCGCAAAGAUGAGCUACGCUCCACCUUUUAAAAAAGAGCAACAUCACCAGUCAGCCACUAGGGGAUCCCCCUGAUAGAGCUAAAUGAGAUGCAGCUGAUGGGGGUAGAGUGGAUGGAGGUCCAUCUGCUGGACAUACUAAAUUCUUCAUGAGGACCUUUAGGGAGGCUGUGGCGGUGUCAUGUCCUGUGUACCACGUGACAGGGGAAACGGGUCAACGUGAGGGAGGAGCAACGUCCCUGAACCGGAUGUUGUUUAUGAGGCUGUGAUUGUGACGAGGUGGUUAAACAGGCUUGUAACCAUCCAGGAAGGUGUUCCCAUACCGUCUACUCCUUCUCCCAAUACCAUCUACUACUCCUUCUCCCGUACCGUCUACUCCUUCUCCCGUACCGUCUACUCCUUCUCCCAUACCGUCUACUACUCCUUCUCCCGUACCGUCUACUCCUUCUCCCAUACCAUCUACUCCUUCUCCCGUACCGUCUACUCCUUCUCCCAAUACCAUCUACUACUCCUUCUCCCGUACCGUCUACUCCUUCUCCCGUACCGUCUACUCCUUCUCCCUAUACCAUCUACUACUCCUUCUCCCGUACCGUCUACUCCUUCUCCCAUACCAUCUACUCCUUCUCCCGUACCGUCUACUCCUUCUCCCAAUACCAUCUACUACUCCUUCUCCCGUACCGUCUACUCCUUCUCCCAUACCGUCUACUCCUUCUCCCGUACUGUCUACUCCUUCUCCCAAUACCAUCUACUACUCCUUCUCCCAAUACCAUCUACUACUCCUUCUCCCGUACCAUCUAUUCCUUCGCCCAUACCGUCUACUCUUUCUCCCGUACCGUCUACUCCUUAUCCCAUACUGUCUACUCCUUCUCCCAAAACCAUCUACUACUCCUUCUCCCAUACCGUCUACUCCUUCUCCCGUACCAUCUACUCCUUCUCCCAAUACCAUCUACUCCUUCUCCCGUACCGUCUACUCCUUCUCCCAAUACCAUCUACUACUCCUUCUCCCGUACCGUCUACUCCUUCUCCCAUACCGUCUACUCCUUCUCCCGUACUGUCUACUCCUUCUCCCAAUACCAUCUACUACUCCUUCUCCCAAUACCAUCUACUACUCCUUCUCCCGUACCGUCUAUUCCUUAUCCCGUACUGUCUACUCCUUCUCCCAAUACCAUCUACUACUACUCCUCCCAUACCGUCUACUCCUUCUCCCAAUACCAUCUACUCCUUCUUCCAUACCGUCUCCUCCUUCUCCCAGUACCACCUCCUCUCCUUCUCUCCAACAGCUGCUGACACCCACAGACAAUCAUGUUUUUAUUGCAUAUAUAUUUUUAUGGCAUAUACAGCAUACUCACUUAGGUCUUUUUGUACAAGGGAAACGUGGGAUUUGUGGUGAUGACAAUCACAUCACAUCUGUUGGUGUACACUUUUAUUUUGUCUUGUUGGUGUGGCCUCCCUGUCAGCUGAAAUGUGUUCUGUUUGUCCAUCUGAAAUCUGAAAUUCAAAUAAAUGACCUUUAAUUUGUU